AUGUGUCUCAUGCCGAAACAGCAGUUUGUCUCCUCUCUCUCUCUCUCUCUCUCUCUCUCUCUCUCUCUCUCUCUCUCUCUCCAAGCUAACGAAAGCCUCCUCCGCAUCCACCCACCCCAGUCCCGCGAGCUAAAGUGGAUAGCAGCCGAGACGAUAGCGACGUGCAUAUCCCUCAAGCACGGACUGGAAGAGUGCUACGCCCUUCUGGCCCCGAUAGACCCGGGCAGCACCUUGGUGGUGACGACCCGGGGAGCGGAGCGCCUCAAGGGUACCGUCACCCGCGUGGGCACGCGCAUCGUCAAGACGUCCGUCAACCUUCAGCUCCAGACCUUGCCUUCGCUGCAUACGCUCUGCCUCGCCGCCGGGGAGGACCUGCAUAUCCAUGCCCUCGAGGCCCUGCAUACCCACCUCAGCGAGGGCAUCGAUCUGGUCUCUGCACUCGUCUCGACCGCCGCCAACACAGACGCAGACAGAGAGACAGAUGCGAACACAGACACGGUCGCGGGGAUGAAAGCGAAGGCCAAGACGAAGAUGAACAUGCCGCAUAAUCUGGAAUUCCUCGCCCAGACACUGUCGCUGCUGUCCGAGUCCCUCGGGGCCUCCGAGUCCCUCCUCAAGGGCGGCAGCUCCGUCACCGACUCGGUGGAGUGGCAGACCCUCUCCUGCCCCCCCGAAAAGUUCUCCCCCCCCCUCCCCCCGAACCUGAGCGUCUACGUCGGCGUGCGCGACAGCUGCAUAGUCCUGUGCCUGCGAUCCCUCGAGCCCGUAAACGCCCCCCUCCACAUCGGUACGCGCCUCGGCCUCGCCAUCGGCACCGUCCGUCGCCUGGAGCACGACGAGAUGGACGCCGUCUUUCGCUGGGAUCCGGCCGGCGCCGACGCCGUCCACUCCUCUGCCUCGUCGGUGCGGAACCGCCCUACGUCAUCGUCUACUACCGCUACCGCUACCACUACUGCCACAUUUGCUGGGAGGCAUCACCACCAUCAUCAGAGCCAUCACCACUCGGGUAUGGAGGAGGUCUAUGUUAGGGAGAAGGUCCGUGUCGAGACUGCCGAUCCGUGUCUGAUAUCUCUGUAUUCCAAGGUCGGCUUUCUCUCUCAUUUGCUCGGUCAGGCAAGGAGGAAUCUGGCUGCUGUGAUGGAUAUGGAAGAGCCCUGA